AUGGAUGGUAUAUGCUGGGAAGACUUCAACUGGGACAAUGGCGUUGCAGUGCGCCUUCCAUGCGGCCACAUCUUCCACAAUGAAUGUUGUCUCAACUGGAUGAAUUCAGCCAGUGAGAACCGCAACGCCUGUCCCAUGUGCCGGACGGUCUUCUGUCUCCAUAAUGCUCUGACACCCGAACAAAUACGCGACAACGAAGAAGAGCACAACGAGGGUGUAUACAACCGCGAGGCUUACUACUGGCUUAUGGCUUACGCUGACUCAUGGUACGAUGCAGAAAGCUGGGAUGGUCACCCGGAUUUUGUGUACAUUGUAUGCGAAGUGAGGAGGCAUUGGCAUCGUGAACAUCAUCCCCAAGCGCACCAGUUCAUAUGCGACUGGCAUGAAGAGAUCGGGGACAACUGGCUUGAGCUUGUCGUAGCGAAUCAUAUCCGGAACAGGCUCAGCGAGGACGGUCUUGCUGACUCUUGGGCAAGCCAGGAGCUUGAGGCGAGACGCAGUGGGCUAGUGAACUGUGUGAACUGGAUGAUUACGGGUUCCAACAUGAAUGGCGAGGUCUGGGUCCCGCAAAAUAUGCAAGAAUUCGAAGCGAGGGCCGCUGAGAACGCAGAGGGCAAUGAGGAUCACCAGCAAGAGCAACACGAUGACGACCGUCAGCCUGACGAAGAUUCAGAGACUCACGAGCGAUGGGCAUCUGCCCAUCCCCAAGAGGACGAGGAAGGUUUAGAGGAAGGCGAAAUCCUCGAGGACGCAACCACGGCAGAGUCCUCUGAGCUUCCCCAUCCCGAAAGCUUCGAACUUUCCGAUUCUGAAUCAAAUCCAACGAAUAGCCGCACAACCGUGCAGGCUAUCAUAGCACGCAACGAUGCUAUCCAUCGACGUUUCCGGGAAGAACUAAACGCAGAGAUUGUCGUAGGAGCCUCACACGAGUUACACGAUUUCAGGCACGUUGAAACAUCACCCCAAGGAGAAAUACAGCGCCGUCAUUCCCGCUCCCAAUCUCCAUCCCCAUCUUCACCAACUCCAUCCCCACCCUCACCAUCUCCAUCAACAGACUCCCUCUUCCCCCUCCCCUCACCCGCCUCACUAGCCGACCUCCCUCCCCCACAUCCCACAGUUUCGCAACAAGACGUGACCGACACGCGCUCCUGGCUUCGAUCAGAGGGCCACACCAUUAUUUGCGAGAUGCACAACGUAGCUUCGGUUGUGUACCAAGGCGAUGGUACUUAUGAUGUGCAUGGUUUUGAAGGAGAUGAUAUGGGGGUUGUGAGGGAAGCGGAUGCGUAUCAUGUCGUGGGGUGGGUUGCGAUUUUCUAUCGUUAUGGAGAGAAUGGUGGAGAUGCUGGUGGCUCCAGGGGUCGGGUGCUGCGUCCCGUAUAG